UCCUUAUUAUCAGGUUUGCGCCGGUCUCCUUCUGCUUAUGCUAACGUUAUCUAGCUAUUUAGCUAAUAUAGCUAACGUUUUAGCAAGAAAUAAUGCUGAUAUCUGGAACUCAUGUCGAACGUGUAUGAAGAGAGAGCCACAAUGAUAGCCGCAGGGGAAUUGCAGUCGUUUGUCCCGUUUGGCCGUGAGCACUGCAAGAACCACCCGAACGCUGUGAACCUACAGCUCCGUCAGCUGCAGCCAGCUUCUGAGCUCUGGUCGUCAGAUGGGGCCGCUGGCCUGGUGGGCUCCCUCCAGGAGGUCACUCUACAGGAGAAUGAGAGGGAAUGUUGGCAGCUGAGGAAGGGUUGUGUUGGAGACAGUGGUGAUGUUGAUUAUGAAGAGGAGCUGUAUACAGCAGGUAACAUGGUCAUCUGGAGCCAGGGCAGCAGGAAUCAGGCCUCCAGUGUAUACAAGGCCUUCACUGUGGACAGCCUGGUGCAACAGGCCUUAUGGUGCAACUUUGGUGUCCCACCAAAGAAUAAGGAUGAGCAUGACGUUGAGGAGCAGACCGUGUGCAUCGUCCAGAGCACAUGCGUCAACGUCCACAGCGUGUCCGGAAAGGACUUCAUCUCCCCCUUGCCCUUUCAAGUCUCCACACUGUGGCCCACUAAGUUUGGGCUGCUGCUGGAGCGCAAGAACCCUGCAUCUGACGCACCUCUGAGCCCUAUAAGGGAGCCACUACCUACGGUGUUCAGCAUGCUACACCCUCUGGAUGAGAUCUCUCCGGUCAUAUGCCGACCUUCAGGUCUGUUCGAAGCAGCUAGUGUGCAAUAUGUGUCGGAUAGCACCAUGAAGAUAGUGUUCACCUGCAGUGAGCCUUCCAUAGUGGUAACCUACGACACCGUCCAGGGAAACCACUCAGUGUGGGCGCUGCACAAAGUCACGUCUGAAGAGCAGGCUGCCAUGCUGAAGUGGCCCGAGCAGAUGGGCAGCAGGGCGCAGCAGGGCCUCGUGGGGCCCAGCUUCCUGACCUCUCACCUCAGGAGCGUCCCCCGGCUCGACUCCCCCAUCGGGGUGGGGAUAGGCUCCCCCCUCCACUGCCACGCCCUGCACAGCCGCAUGACGUCCUCUCCAGGCCACCACUCGCGGACUCACUCUCCGAGCAUUUCCAACAUGGCCGCCCUCAGUCGGUCGCACUCCCCCGGCAUGGCGGCGCCCUCCUUUACGGGUGCAGCUCGCUUCAAUGUGUCAUACCACUCCCUGUCCCCAAGGGGGCACCCCAGCUUGCUGCCCUCGCCCAACAGCACCGUCAACGAGUCGCUGCUGGGGCCAGAUAUGGAGCCCAUUGUACCAGACCUCUGCAUGGAGCAGCUGUGGAGUGACCCGGCCACUGCUGCCCCCCACAGGGAGAUGAGCUGCCAGGCAUCCAAAGUGUUUUUGACCUCUGACCUCUGUGAGAACCGCUACCUCUGCUUCCUGGUGGAGUCCCACCAACAGCUCAGGUGUGUUAAAUUCAUAGAGAGCAACAAUCCCUCUCAGCUUAUUUUCCCAUCUGUGGUCUCCCUUCCUGCCAAAGAUGCUGCACCUUUAGAGCACAUAGACGCCAUGUUGGUUCUGGAGACCAAUGGCAGCCUGGCUCUGUACACAGGAGUCACCAGGGUGAGCAAGGUGUUUGUCCCCGGUCUCCUAUCCCCCAGCUUCAGCUUGUCCAACCACAGCGGCCAGCAGAGCAUGCCCAUCGAGGGUGUGAGCACUCCUGCCAAAGCCACUGGCAGACACCUCAGGACCAUGGAUGAGAUGGCUAUGCCGUCUCCCGUGUCAGAGAUUAAGGGGUCAACCACCAAGCUCCCUGAUUGGUCCUGGCAGGACGACUACCCCUUCCAAACAAUGGUGCCAUACAUCCAAGCUCUCCGAGACCCUGUCAGCAACAGGGUGACUCUGGAGCUCAGUAAUGGCACAAUGCUGAGGAUAUCCAUCCCUGAAAUCGCCACAUCUGAGCUGGUGAGGAAGUGUCUGCAGGCGAUGCGGUUCGUCCUUCCUAAGGACGUGGCCAUGAAGGUUCUGGUGAAGUGGUACAGCAUCUACAACGCCCCUGGCGGGCCCAGCGCUCACCUGGAGUGGAACCUGUUUGUCACCUGCUUCAUCAGCCUCAUGGGCUACAACACAGAACGCCUGCGCUGGACUCGCAACCUCCAUUUUGAAGUGCCCCUCUCUCCUGUGAUUGCUGCCAAGAAGGCUCGGCCGGCCGAGACAGGCUCUGAUGAGGACUGGGAAUAUAUUCGGGGCUGUCACUACCAUCGGCAGAUGGUGUGCAGGCUGGCUGGUCUGGAGACCGUAACAAGCGAACCCUCUGCCGGGGACUCCUCCUCCCAAUCCCAGUCCCCUCCCACUAGCCCCACCCUGCGGCUGGACAGCUCCGCCCCCCUGUUCCCCCACAUCCCCGCCCUCUUCUACGUGCUGCACCUGCUCUACCAGGAGAUGCAGCUGAACGACCUGCAGAGGGGCGGGGCCAGGGCCCUGGUCAGCCUGCUGCAACAGCUAGCCAGAGACCUUCAUCUGGAGCAGUACAUCGAUCUGUACUGGAGAGACUACCCCUCCCUCAUCACCUCCUUCACUGAAGUCUGUGUCGUCGAGCAGGCCCAGCUGGAGCAGAUGCAGCAGCCGGCGUUCCUGAGGGCCGAGCCUCCCUGCGUGUUCGGCUGGCUCAGCCGCUGUCUGAGAGGGCAGGAAGUCCCACCUUUUCCCUUCCUGCCUGGCAUCUGCGAGAGGACCCGACUCCUGGUUCUGAGCUAUGCCUUGUAUAUCGUUGGAGAUGAGAAUGCCAUUUCGGUCGACAUGUCCAAAUACUUGGCCAAGUUUUCUGCUGGCCAGAGGAAGAGUGGUUCUGAAGCUAACUUCAGGAGACAGAGCAGCGGGAAGACUGAAUCCUCGAAUGAGAGUCUAGCUGAGAAGCUGGUGGUGUGGUUAACCUCAGCAGGUUUCACCCUGAAAGACCUGGAGUCUGUCCCCUUCGGUGUGGCGUUGCCCAUCCGAGACGCCAUCUACCAGUGCCGAGAGCAGCCCUGUUCCGAUUGGUCGGAAGACGUCUGUUUGUUGAUUGGACGGCAGGAUCUCACCAAGCAAGCCCACAAACUCACCCUGGCCAAAGGCAAAGCUCCGGUGGGCCCGGGGCUGUCGCUGGAGCCGCCCACCACCACGGAGGCUGAGGAGGAGGAGGACGGCAUGACGGAGCUCAACCAGGACGUGAUCGGCCUGAUCUGGAGCCAGGACCUGAGGGUGCAGGAGGCCCGCCGCCUGCUGCAGAGCUCCCGGCCCGUCCGGGUCAGCGUGGUCCACCUGCCCGAGGUCAGCGACCACGAGUACAUCGAGGAGAAGGAGAACAAGCUGUUGCAGCUGUGCCAGAGGACCAUGGCGCUGCCUGUGGGCAGGGGGUUAUUCACCCUCUUCUCCUACCACCCGGUGCCAACAGAGCCCCUGCCAGUGCCCAAGCUCAACCUCACAGGCCGUGCCCCUCCCAGGAACACCAUGGUGGACCUGAACAGCGGCAACAUCGACGUCCCCCCCAACAUGACGGGCUGGUCCAGCUUCCAUAACGGGGUGGCGGCCGGCCUGACCAUCGCCCCCGCCUCACAGGUGGACUCGGCCUGGAUCGCCUACAACAAGCCCAAGAUCCCUGAGCUGGCCAACGAGUACGCCGGCUUCCUCAUGGCCCUCGGCCUCAACGGACACCUGACCAAGCUGGCCACGCUCAACAUACACGACUAUCUUACCAAGGGCCACGAGAUGACCAGCAUAGGGCUGCUGCUGGGAGUGUCGGCCGCCAAGCUGGGCACCAUGGACAUGUCCAUCACCCGGCUGCUUAGCAUCCACAUCCCCGCCCUGCUGCCUCCCACCUCCACGGAGCUGGACGUCCCGCACAACGUGCAGGUGGCCGCCGUGGUGGGCGUGGGCCUGGUGUACCAGGGCACCGGCCACCGCCACAACGCCGAGAUCCUCCUCGCAGAGAUAGGUCGGCCCCCCGGCCCGGAGAUGGAGUACUGCACAGACAGAGAGUCGUACUCGCUGGCUGCAGGCCUGGCGCUGGGCAUGGUGUGUCUGGGGCACGGCAGUAACCUGAUCGGCAUGACCGAUCUCAACGUGCCAGAGCAGCUGUACCAGUACAUGGUUGGUGGGCACCGACGCACCCAUGCUGGCAUCAACAGGGAGAAACACAAGUCCCCCAGCUACCAAAUCAAGGAGGGUGACACCAUCAACGUGGAUGUGACCUGUCCUGGGGCCACUCUGGCUCUGGCCAUGAUUUACCUGAAGACCAACAACAGGUCCAUAGCUGAUUGGCUGAAAGCCCCGGACACCAUGUUCCUCCUGGACUUCAUCAAGCCAGAAUUUCUGCUUCUGAGGACCCUGGCCAGGUGUAUCAUCAUGUGGGAUGAAAUCUUGCCAAACUCGGACUGGGUCAGCAGCAAUGUUCCCCAGAUAAUCAAGGAGAACAUUGGGAGCACAGUGGUGUCGGAGGACCUGAACAUGGAGACUUUGGCCCAGGCCCAUGAUUACAUCAUCGCAGGAGCCUGUAUGGCUGUGGGCUUCCGAUUCGCCGGCUCUGCCAACUCGGACGCCUUCGACUGCCUGUACAAGUUUGCCAGGACCUUCAUGCAAGGUUUGACAUCAGCUACAGCCACAGUUACGGGCCCCUACAACCUGCAGACGUGUCUGAGUAUGGUCCUGCUGGCCGUCUCCAUGGUGAUGGCGGGCUCGGGGAACCUGCGUGUGCUGCAGCUCUGCCGCUUCCUCCACAAGCGCACCAGCGGAGAGAUGAACUACGGCUUCCACAUGGCCCACCACAUGGCCCUGGGACUGCUGUUCCUGGGAGGGGGCAGAUACACUCUAAGCACAUCCAACUCUGCCAUCGCUGCCCUGCUCUGCGCCCUCUACCCACACUUUCCUGCCCACAGCACCGACAACAGGUACCACCUCCAGGCCCUGCGACACCUCGGGGUGCUGGCGACCGAGCCUCGUCUGCUGGUGCCGGUGGACGUGGACACCCUGAAGCCCUGCUACGCCCUGCUGGACGUCACAUACAAGGAGAGCCAGUGGUAUGAGGAGACCACCGUGGAGCUGAUGGCUCCCACCAUGCUGCCUGAACUGCAGCUUCUCUCACGGAUUAGGGUGAAAGGCCCUCGUUACUGGGAGCUGUCCAUAGACCUCAGUAAAGGAACUCAGCAUCUAGAGUCCAUCCUCUCCAGAGAUGGCGUGCUGUACGUGAAGCUGCGUGCAGGCCAGCUGCCCUACAAGGACGACCCGCGCGGCUGGAAGAGCCUGCUAGCACCCAGCGUCAACAACAGGAACUCUGAAGUCCGCACCUUCAAGCCUGAAGCCAUCUCCACCUUCACCUCCGACCCUGCCUUGGUCUCCUUCGCCGAGUACUUCUGCAAGGCUUCGGACGGCAUGAAAAAUAGAGAGGAGACGCUGGCCUUGUUCUCGGCCAUCCUGUACGAGUGUGUGACCCAGGAGAACCCCGAGAUGCUGCCCACCUACAUCGCCAUCGACCAGGCGGUGCGGAGCCUGCGCAGGGGCGAGCCCAGCGAGACGUUCGCCCUGUGGCAGACGAGGCUGGUGCUGGAGAUGUGUGAGAGCCGCACGCUGCAGGGCCGCGUCCGGGAGGGGGGGCAGGGCGGGGGGGCGCUGCUCAGCUCAGAGUUCCUGCCCGUCAUGAAGAACACCGCUGAUGGGACCCUCGACCACUGGCUGGCAGAUAACAGUGAGGUGCUGUGUGCGCAUCUGAGGAACCAGCCCCUGGCAGAGGGCAGACAGUCGACCAUGCUGGCCUGUUUCCUGGUCUACCACUCCAUUCCCUGCCUCAGAAGCUUCCACCACAGUCCCCUGGAAGGAAUCCCUUCCUUCCCUGAGCUGCUGCUGCGGUUCAGCCAGCUGGGCGUUCCAGUGCGGGCCCUGCUGCGCCUCUCUCCUCUCAUACUGGGCCCCGCCCCCUCCCCGCACGCCCUCUGACGGCAGGCAGAGAGCGUCACACAGCCGCAUGCCUUCUGACGUCACAUCUGCCAACAGACAUCGCCAUGGCAUCACGGGGGGGGCGCACGCCUUCUGUCUCGACGCCUCUCUCGUCCAAUAGCAUCCGUGUGUGGCUCUCACAGAAUGCGACGGUGCUCUGUGACAUCCAAUGACUGCAGCCGGACUGGGCCUCUGACCCGCCUCCUCUGAGCUGACACUGCACUGCUCUCGUCUAACAGUCAGACCUUAAUGUACAGUAUGACCUGACAUAGGCCUUCUCACUUCAUACAACUUGUACGUCAUGUUUGUCUGUAUGUUUCUACCCAAGUUGUACUAAUGUACCAAAUAAAGUGGAAUUGGAAACUUGGUGACAAAAUCUGGGACGGUAAUUGUGGUGUGAAAUUCAGUGUUGGAAAUUAUUCUAACUUUAUUAUUGGUUUAUGUGUUGUGUAGAAUCAUAAUGGAGUUUAUUGUCCUAACACAAUCAAUUUUAGCACAGGAUACAUCUAGACCGGUGUAUCUCACAUUAAUUAUCAGAGAUGCUGUUCUGGCCAAUUCAAUAAGAGUUCAGGCUGUGUGUGUGUGUGUGUUUUGGGGGGGGAGUUGUUGUAACAUGGAAUGCAAUGUUCUAAAAAUGUGAUUGCUCAAGGAACAUUCCAGUCUUAAAUGCAUAACAUCUCACACCACACCCAGCACACAUCUCAUAUGUCUAAAUGGUUCCACUGUUUUGUUGCAAGGCGAGUGAGAAUUCAGGCUUCAGAUCUGUGUGGGUUAUUUUCUUGUUAGUACAACUUUAGCUUCAUAGGAGGUGAUAUUGAUACUUGUCAAGUGACUAAUAGUGAAAGUUCUAAGUGAGACUAUUACUAACAAGGAUGAGAAAGAACAAUGUCCACUCAUUUCACUUAAACUGAACCCCAAGUAUGUGGUUUGUUAUUAGGGAAUACUGUCCGUCAAAUCCAGUAUCGGUGCCUGUAGAAAUUGGCCUUCAACUCUGAAUUCCAGUUCCUGGAAAUGUGCUUUUAAUCUUCUGUCACAUGCCAGAUGUCAU